GUCUCGAAUCUAUCCGAAAUGUUUUCAGCUGGGAUCUUUGACACAAAAUAUCUCAUUGAAUAUGUAAUGAGAAUGUCGGCUUCGUAUUUGCUUUAUGUUUUCAAGAAAUGUAUUCGUGAUAACAACAAAAGCAGCAUCCACGUUAACAACAGCUUCGUGUCGACAUCUUUCCUCAACUACCAGAACAAAUGUUCCGACGUGACUUGCAGUUAUUUUGGAUUGCAGAAGAGACAUUUUUCAGAAAUUACACAGAAACUCUGCAAGACUGCCUGCGAAAUGUUUGCCGCCCAUGGUUGGUGUCGCAGUGGGCGUAAGUAUACAAAAAGUAAUGAUGUGGAUUUGAUCCUGGAUCUUGAUGAACACAAUCUGCUGAAGAUAGAGGUGAAAAAGAAGAGGAAGCAUGAACGGAAACAGAAGAAGCGCAUGGCUUCGGCGCUUCUUGCGACCAAAAACUUGGCAUCGGAUGAGGACGAUGCAUCACCUGCAAAACACGUGCGUCCAUCCGACGGUGGCAACAGGGAAGGUUUGUCGGAUGCUAGUGACUGUGAUAAUGGUUGUUCCAGAGUCUCUGAAGAACUAAGCAAUGGCAGUUCAUCUCACACAAUGGACAUUGAUGAAACGGUGUCGAUGACAGCGGUGACAACAACAACGUCAUUGACAUCAACAACACCGUCAUUGACAUCAACAAUAACUACAGCAGCAGUAACAACAAGUAACAGUCCCCACCGUCAAGUCAAUGGUGAACUGGAAGAAAGUCUGCAGCCUGAUUCCAGACAGUCUUCACCUUAUAUGUUAGAGGAAAUAAGAGCAAUUACCGAUUCUCUCAUAAGUAGCGCUGUCCCCAAAGAUGAAAAGCUGGGUAGUUCUCACAGCAUGGAAUCCACAAAAAAUACAAAAUCAGCCCCAUGUGGACAUUCAUCUGGGUUUGACGCUUUCAUGACUGGUUUCAUAUUUUCGGUUGCUGUUGCUAAGUUUGGUGAGGCGGAUGUAAAAGACUGUAAACUAGCUUUGACCGGUGGUCAACUCAGACACUGGUUGAAUAAAGUGUUCCUUAGUAACAAGGACGUUCCGUUGUCGGUGUGUAAAAGUAAAUUCUCUCAGUGCUCCAACUUCCACAGAGAUAAAUACCGUUCUCUCAGAUCAAAUCCCAACACCUAAGCUGCUAAGAACUUUGUAAAUAAUUCAAUAUAUCCAGAUCUAGAGCUUCUGGAGACAAGGCCAAUGGUGGUGUGUGUGCUUUAUGCUUAUGUGUGUAUUUGUGUGUUUGGAUAUUUGUAUAUGUAUUUCUUUUCACUUGCUGGACCCAGAGCAAGGGGCAGUGCCCAUGGCCUCCCCACCCCCAAGGGUCUUCCAAACCAGUGAUUUUGAUGCCAGUAAUGUGUUGUUUAAAUUGUUGCACAGCAACACCUGCUCGGCAGACGAGAGCAGGGAAGGAAUUUCCAGAGGUCUGACAUUUUAGGAAGGAAGAACUGAGCUUAGUGAUUAGUGCAGGGCCUGGGGAGUUAAACACAAAUGUGAUAAGAAAAGGGACGAAUGGGUUGGCAGAAGACCCAGCUGCUACACAUGUGAUAGUAAAGGUCAUAUGAGGUCCUCUUUUUUUAAAAAAACUUACUGUGUCUGGGUAUAGAGAAAGUAUCCAUAGCCUUUGUGGGUCUGACAUUCUAGGAAAGAAGAACUGAGAUUUGUGAUUAGUGCAGGGCCUUAGAAUUUGAACACAACAAGUGUGA